AGCCCAGAGCAGAGGAGGGGAAAAGGCAAGAUUCCUUUAGCUUGGGUCCACUCUGCCUCUGAAGGCUACGCUCUAACCAGAUCCUUCGCAAGCAUCAGAAGCAGGAUGAACAUCGAGGUUGGGAACGUUUCGUACACGGGAGCCAUCAUUUCCUGGUCGUCCUCGGAGCCCUGCCUGGAGGACUAUUACCAUAUUAUGUACAGGCCCAACUGGAACAGCAUCUUCUCCGGCUAUCUUCGCUACAGCUUCCACCACGAGGAGAAGGUGCCCCGCACCAUCAGCUCGGUGGUGCUGGAGCACCUCGCCCCUUCCACUUUCUAUUUCCUGUGCAUCAGCUGCAAGAAGAUCACCUUCCCCUACAGGCACUACUGCACCAUGUUCCACACCCUGGAUAAGAGUCCACUGGCUGCCGGGAGCUCCCUGGUGGACCCCCAAAUCUCCCUGUGGGUCCUGAUGGCCAUUCUGCUGGCCUGCUUCACGGCCGUCUUAGCUUUCAUCUGCCUCCAGUUCUGGUGCAUCCGUUGCCAUGAGCCUCGUUGGUCUUACAGAGCCGGCCACAUGGAGGAGGCCAAUGGGCUGGUGAGGUGGCCGGAGGAGGCCCCGGCUCUUGGUCAGAGGGAGGAAGACCUGCAGGGGCUCCCCCUGGUGGAAAUGCCGCGCAAGGAUUCCGGAGCUGGAGCGGAACCAGAAGCCGAAGCCGAAGCCCACGCAGAAGCCGACCAGGAUGCCCCAGACGCGGGCGCCCUCCAGAGGGAGGGUGGCGACCCACCUGCCAUUCUGCCGCAUUUUGAGGAGUGA